AUGCUAAACUGCAAACAGUUUAUGACACACAGACACACACACUUGAGACAGAACGCAGAAGCAAGGGACAUACUUGCGGCAGAAUCAACGCUGCUGUCCCCUUCAGUUCUCUCCUCUCUUCUGAACCAAUUCAUUCAUUCUUCUUCUCUCUUUAUCUCUCCUUCUUUCUCUCUCUUCUUUGUCUCUCUCUUUCUCUCUCUCUUCUCUUCGAACAGUGGCAAGUCGCAGGCAAACUGGUUGGAGCUGAGUGAGGCCGAAGCAAUCAUUCUGAAGGCACGACAUCGAUUCCAUCGGGUUCACCAGAAACAGCCUGCCUCACCCAAAAAGAGACGCGUGCGAGACUCUCUCUCAAACUCUCUCAAACUCUCUCUCUCUCUGUGCUACUCUCUCUCAAACUCUCUCUCUCUCUCUCUGUGCUACUCUCUCUCAAACUCUCUCUCUCAAACUCUCUCUCUCUCUCAAACUCUCUCUCUCUCUCAAACCCCUCUUUCACUCACACGAACAGAGACCCAACAAGAGCAUCCUCUUGUCCGCCACAACGAGUCGCCGACGCCAACGGCGACGCGUCGUCUUCGUCUCGUGACCAAAAGCCUGGCCCGCAUCACCUCUUCCGCAUCCUCCUCGGCCGCCUCCUCCACUACCUCCUCGGCUGUCUCCUCUGCUGCUACCUCCAUUGACAUGGAAUCAGCUGACGAGUUUAGCGCACCACCCACUCGACGACUGCCCCGCAUCACGACCAGCAGCUUUCGGGAUCGCUUUCACAGUCGCUGUCGCAGCGAACCACACCUGCAGCUAUACAAUGGCCCGGACGUGUCCGCGGAAAGUGCAGAGACCGAUUCCGUCUCUGAUCUGUCCUCUUCAAAGCAAUCCUCCUCUCGCGAGACAAUCGCCGCCAUGCAGGCGCUCAUGAAGCGUUCAAGCUUACCAGAUUUCUCGCUGACUCAGAGUCGCACGCCUGCAGACUUACCCGCAGAUUCCUUGCCCGCCCCCACUUGCUACGACAUGGCCUUUCUCGACAUGUUUGCCCGCAACUGGCCCAGCCACUUGCUCCACCAACUCCACACUGGUGUGCACAACAUGCUCGUUUAUGAACAAGAGGCCAACUCUCGCCUUCAACGCAAACAAAUCAGCAACGCCCGUGCCACGACCCCAACCCUGUCUCGCCCUUCCUCGGCCCACACGCUAAGCAGUAUGCGGGCCAGCAACGCCAGCACCAGCAGCCUGAACAGUGCGUUUCGCAGCUCCAGCUGCACCAACCUCAGCGACCACCGGCUUUAUGCCUCUAGCCCAACCCCCGAGCCCCCCGCAUCCCCGACCACCCCCACCCACAUGGACAAGGAGCCAGCCGAAGAUGUCCUUCACAGCAACCUCAUCGACCUGGCCUUUCGCACCGUCCGCCAGCUCCAAGCGCAUCAACUGGAGCUCUUCCGCCUCUGCGCUCGUCUCCAUGGUCAAGCUAACGGUGGUCCCAAGGCUCUGGACUUUCUCGAGUACCAUCUCGACGCCAUGAAAGAGCAUUUCGCCAUCCAGCGUCGGGCCAUCAGCGCGUUUGAUCGCAGCUACUUUCGCAGUCAGCAGCAGCUCUGAUUGACCUACUUGGGCUCCAUGCAUCUGCCUCUUGCUCCACCAUGUUGCCACUUUUGAUUACCGAGUGGCCCUGCUUCUACCCUCUGUGUUCUUUCUUCCUUUCUUUUGCUCCUUUUUUUUUUGUGCUGUGCUGUGCUGCUUAGAUACUUAUUCUAUCACAUUCUAGACCGAUGGCCAGUGUUGACUCGCGCGCCUCGCAGUAUAUUUACCCGCCCCAGCUCAGCCUUUGAGAGCCCAGUUGGGGUGUUUUAUGGCUUCAUUCUAUCGAUUCGUCUGUCUUCAGUGGUUGUUCUUUCUUCUUUUCAUCUUAAAGCUUCUAUACCCGCCCUUCUUAUCAUCUUUUCGUUUGGUGCAUGCGCUUGGUCGCAUGGGCACAAUUGACUCCAUUCCACGU